ACAAACAUAACACAUAGGGUUCGGGAGAUGAAAAUUGAUGAUGACCAUAGGGAAGUUUAAUGUUUCUCACUAUCGUGCUUGCAUUGGGACACAUUCCAUUUCCAGGGAGCUGUUCGUUUAUGUGGAACAAACGGUUUGUCGAAAAACGCAAAUGUUUAAGCAAGCUUUGUAAGGCUUUGUCAAGGCUCGCCUGAAAGCAGCAUCAUAUUUCUAGGUCCGACCUUAUUUCAUAAACGAACAACUCUGAUCCAACCGGUUCAGCCGUUUGGACCGCGAUAAACGAAAACGGCCCUGGUGUGAUAUGAAUAGCCAGUUGUUUUUAUUAAACCUUGUAAUCUUUUUGUCACUACCUUGGUUUCCUCUUUGAGAACGUGACAUCACAUUGAUUUGACCUAGACUUACAACACAGAUGUCGUCGAUGCAGCAGAUUGUGUGUUCUUUCUGGAACACCUGGUCUUAUUCUCGAUGUACUGUUAACGGGUUUUCGUGAACAUCUUUCCUCAGUUUAUGGAGUAUAUUCCUUAGGUGAUCGCUUUUAAGUGCUGAACAUGGAGGACAGCUGGUCGUCGGCCUCUGAUGGUAUCCUCAACGGAUCGUUCCUCAACGGAUCGGAUGAGGAUGCGGAGAACGGAACUGAUUUGGACUCGGCCUUGACGAGACCCAUGGUGUCUUUGGUCGUCCCGGCGGUCAUGUUUGCCGCUGGUGUGUUUGGGAACGUUUUGGCCUUGGUGGUACUGGGCCGCUCUUCAAGGGAACACAAACGGACUGUGUUUUAUCGUCUCGUUGGUGGUUUGGCGGUGACCGACCUGUUUGGGACGAUGUGUACGUCGCCGGUCACUCUCGUCAUCUACUCUAACAACCUCAAGUGGGUCGGAGGCCAAAGUCUGUGUAAUUAUUCCUCAUUCAUGCUUAUUUUCGCGGGCUUUACGACACUUUUUAUCGUCUGCUUCAUGGCACUGGACCGAUAUAUUGCCUUGAAUCAUCCGUAUUUCUAUAGCGCCAAAAUAACUCAUCACAAAGUCAAAUACAUUCUUGGUGCUCUCUGGGGAGCGGCUUUUUCGCUGGCCUGUCUUCCUUUGAUUGGGCUUGGAGAGAACGUGCUUCAUUUCCCAGGCACGUGGUGUUUCUUUGAUUUUCGCGGGAAGGAACUUCGCGUUAAGAUGUUUGCAUAUUUGUACUCUUUCAUUGGCAUUGGGGUUAUCCUCGCCAUCUUUAUCCUCAAUCUCAUUGUCAUUGCAACGGUAUGGAAGAUGCGUCAAAUGACAAGUGUCCAAAACUCCUACUCCAAUAUCAAGUGCUUAGACAGUGAAAUACAAAUGGUCAUCUUUCUGGUAGGCAUUCUGGCCGUAUUCGGACUCUGUUGGGCACCACUCAUGGUGAGGAUAUUGGUCAUUCAGGUAGCUGGACAUCUUGGGACAGAGAAGGAUGACCUUUUGGUGAUCAGACUAGCCUCGUUUAACCAAAUCCUUGACCCCUGGGUUUACCUUCUGUUCCGGAAGGAGUUGUUCUUCAGGUGUUAUACCUUCAGCAAACAAUUAUGUAAUGAUACCUCGCAAAAACUAAAACAAACUUCACUACGAAGCAGCAGCAGAAAGCAGUUUUCACCGGAAGUGACGAUCCGAAAGGUAACUCUGGUCGAGUGUCUGGAUUCCAACUCCCCUAGUCGGGCUUCUAAAUGUUCAGAAAAUCGGAAAAGUCCAACACAUUGUAUUCUUGUCCAAAAUGGAGAAAACUCAAAGCUCUGUUCCCAAGAGAGAGAAAAAUCAAAUCUGUGUUUGUUAGAUGGAGAAAAAACUCGAUUGUGUUCGUUUGAAAAUGAAAACGAACCGGAAGCUGAAGGUAACUGUAUCAUGGAGGAUACUCUACGCUCAAAUAGACUCGAGGAAAGGCUAAAUGCUGAUAGCGAAAGAAUUCAGACGGAGAAAUAUAUUAUAUGACGCUUUGAAAGUUCUGUCUAAGUGUGUGGCCGUCCUGCUUAUGUCUGCUUGUGGUAAUUAAUAUAUUACGCAAAGUUAAGUUAAUUUUCAUAUGUAGCUUUAAAGGUAAUGUACUAUUGUUGAGUUAGUAUAUUUAUUGAUAUGUUCCUAGGGAAAAUUCCUCGUUGAAAUCCUCAUAAACUGCUAUUCAGUCGCUGAAAACCUAAACAGUAUCUACCUCUGUAAAAGUAUGAUUAUUCGUGGCUACGUUUACGUCAGUACCAGUAAGUUAUGAUUGGAUUGAGACAGCUUCGACAAAUACUGUCUAAACCGAACAACACCGGGCUCGAUUUAUAAGGUCGGAAUUGACAGGUUUUCGUAUUUAACAUGCUUAUUUCUCAUUCAAAUCAUACAAUGGGGCCUUUUGUUGAUGGUCUGAUAAGACAGCUUUCUACAGGGCUAGAUUUAGGGAGGCCGAUAUAUUGAUAUUUCAUACUCAUAAGUGCAAUUAUGAUACAUGUAUUAUUUGCUAAACUCGGCUGGACUUCAUAUUACUUUCCUCUGGCAGCUGUUUAUUGGUUUUGCGCUGUUGGCGUCUAAUACACAAAGUCGGACAAUGUUUAUACUUCAGGAUAAAGAAAACAUCAUUAAAACUAAAACGUUGUAAAGAAGAGCAGGGUGACACCGAUGGUGCCAAAAAUUGUCUAGAUCACAGCAGGCUGACCAAAGCCGUUUAACAGUCGACAUGUGGUUUAUCGUACGCCUAGGCUAAAGACUGAAGGUACCGUAAGUAUUGGAUACCAGCGGGCUCGUCACUGGUAUCAACAGGUAGGACAUAGUAUUGGAUACCAGCGGGCUCAUCACUGGUAUCAACAGGUAGGACAUAGUAUUGGAUACCAUCGGGCUCGUCACUGGUAUAAACAGGUAGGACAUAGUAUUGGAUACCAGUGGGCUCGUCACUGGUAUCAACAGGUAGGACAUAGUAUUGGAUACCAGCGGGCUCGUCACUGGUAUAAACAGGAAGGACAUAGUAUUGGAUACCAGUGGGCUCGUCACUGGUAUAAACAGGUAGGACAUAGUAUAACUACGUUGUUGAUGGAUUUUUUUUUGAAAUUUUAUGAAUAUCGAUUUUACUGUUUCUGUGUAUACUUUUUGUAGGUAUGUGGAUAUGGUAAAUCUAUCCUGGGAUUUAGAAUUUGGUUGACAACCAAGACCUAUUCUACACCACAGAGUAGAGUUUCCACAUCCAAGACAACCACUAACGUUUUACUAACGUACAAAUUCAAGACAGGAACAUGUUUGAAAAGAGCAGAAAAAAUAUGUUUUAACUUUUAACGUAAUCUUAAAAAUUGUCAGCGUAUCAAAAGUGUUUAUACUUGAGGCGAUGUCAGAUGUUGACCCUGUUUUGGUGGAACUAAUCAAGAUUUUCCUGGUUAGGAUUAAGAAAUAAAGUAAUUUUCAGAGAGUACACUUGUAGAUAAAUGUAGAGUUACGACAGAUAUUAAUAAAGAGGGUUUUCUUGUAAAUAAUGUUGUAUUUCAGAAAAAUUUGGGACUGUUUCUUCACGCGAAGCUUUAAAAUGCUUGAUUUUUUUUGUAAUUGAAAUUGGUCUAGAAACCUUAGAGAAAUGUUAAUCUCGCAUUUUGGAAAUGCUUAUAUUUAUAUCAUCAUUAAGGUCAACGUUAGAACGUAUACAUUGUAUUGAAUGGCAUUUUUCUGUUUCCGUGUUAAUGACGUUAUGAACGCUGAUCGGUUACAUAUACACUUACCUGUUAAUAUUUAACAAUAAUUUUACAUUUGAAUAUUGUCUUUUACUGUUGUAUAUGACGAUAUGUUUUGGGUACUGUUACAUUGGGUAUAACUGUAGCUAUGGUAACUGUUUCUGAACUUUCAAUUGAUUGGUCAUAUAAGUGAAUGAUAUAACUGAUCUGUUCAGUAAUAAAUUUGAAAGUCAUGAAAUGUCUUAUUAAUCUUAAAUCAUUCCAAAAUGUGCAAUUUAUCGUUAAUUUAAGUGUAUCAUAUUUAUGUACGACGUGUUAGGUUUACACGUGUAAUGUACGUGCAUCAUAUAUCAUGUGUUACACUGGAACAAGUGUACUUUACGUGUACCGUAUAUCACGUGUUACGAUAAACCACGUGUAAUGUACGUGCAUCAUAUGUCAUAUGUUACAUGAUAUUCCAACAUGAGCUGGAACGCGUGUAAUGUACGUGCAUCAUAUGUCAUAUGUAACAUGAUAUUCCAACAUGAGCUGGAACACGUGUAAUGUACGUGCAUCAUAUGUCAUAUGUUACAUGAUAUUCCAAAAUGAGCUGGAACACGUGUAAUGUACGUGUAGCAUACAUCAUGCUAUUAUAUACUGCGAUUCUUGUCCUGUGUGGUUGGUCUGGUACAAAUGAACGGGACUUAAUUGUCUCCCCAGUUGGCGCUCAAUGACGUUCAUGGGCGAUUUCUGUCUCGGACAUGAAGAAAGUGAACAAUGCUAGUCUAUUAAAAAGA